GCCACUGGCUUGACCGACUCAACGACUUAAACCGGUUUGACAACUUUGGUUAUACCCAUUAAGAUUACAAUGUUCACCAUUGAUGAAAAGUUAUAAGAAUUUCGAAAAUGAAAAAAUAAUUUUAAUGUCACCUUCAUGUCAUAAGAAAUUCAACAUUUCAAUUAAUUUAAAAAAUUUAAAUACACAUCGUAAAUACAUUGUGUUCAAAUGACAUUCCGACCAACGGGUCGGACAACAAGCUAGUAUGAAGAAUGGAGCUCUAGAAGGGAGCCUAGAAAUUCUGCCCAUCCUUCUCAGCUAGGAGAGUAUCAUUAAAACUCUGGCUCUCUGCCAAGGAAUUACGUCAAGGUAAUCAUGUGUGAUGGAGCUUUCAGAAGCGACAUCCAGAAGGCGAGCAUUGUCAUUAUUAUAAAAGAUGCUCAUGGGAAGAUCUAUGACGGGAGAGCUGAGAAAAUUCACUAUAGAGCAUUUGCGACUGCUGAGGCUUUCGCCAUCCUUGAAGUCGUUAAAUUGGCUGCACAGGAAGAGAAUGCAAUUCUGAUAAUUUCAAAUUGUAAGUGUGUUGUUGAUGCUAUCGGGAAGCCUCUUGAGGAAUGUCCUAUUGGUUUUGAAGCAUCCAUGGCGGCAAUCCAAGGACUUUUAAAUGAGUCGGACUGGUGCAAUGUCGCUUUUCAAUCGAGAAGUGUGGUUAAAGAGGCGGAUUUCAAAGCAAAGAAGGCUUGCAACAACACUUUACUUCCGGAUUGGAUAGCGAGUUUCUUUUAACGUUGAUGUCCUACUUUUGUUUCUCUUCUGUAAGGAUUUGUUUGCUGGUGUUUCUUUUGCAGAGUCUAUACUCCUUGCAAGAACUCUUCACCAGAUUUUGGGGGCUGUGAAUGAUACUAGUAUCAUGUUUCUAAAAAAAAGUAUUAAUUAUUUUCCACAUUCAAGUUUCAACUGUUUACAAAAAAUCAUGAAUCACACAUGGGAGGAUUUAAAGCCCAACCUAUAAAAUGUGAUUUAUCAU